AUGGCAAAACCUACCUGUAUUGUCAUUACGAUCCUCUUCACCUGUCUUUUCGAGGAUGUGGAGUUGUCAGGAUCUCUACGACUAGUCAAUGGUGCGACCCAGUAUGAGGGUCGUAUAGAGAUCUACCAUGAUGGCCGCUGGGGGACGGUAUGUGACGACAACUGGGACGACUCAGAUGCAAGGGUUGUUUGCAGACAGCUUGGAUACAGUGGAGGCAGCUACACACGGGAAGCGUCCUUCGGCUCUGGAUCAGAACCGACAUGGAUGGACAACGUGGAAUGUUUUGGGAAUGAAUCUAGGCUCGUGGAUUGCGUCUUUCCAGGAUGGCAGAUAGAAAAUUGUGGUCAUAGCGAGGAUGCUGGUGUAGUUUGUAUACCAUCAACAGCGACGUUGCCUACAACGACAACGACACAGUCGACUACCACUACCAGGUCCACUACCACACCAACACAAGGAUCCAUACGACUUGUAAAUGGUGGGACCAAGCAUGAAGGACGUAUAGAGAUCUAUCAUAAUAACCGUUGGGGAACGGUUUGUGACGACCUGUGGGACGAGACAGAUGCCAGGGUGGUUUGUAGACAGCUUGGAUAUCGUGGAGGCAGUUACACACGGAAAGCACAAUUCGGUGCUGGAUCCGAACCAACAUGGAUGGACGAUGUGGAAUGUUCUGGAGACGAAUAUAGACUGGAGGAUGCCCCGAAAAAAUUUCCGGAGCUGAAGAGAUCCAUACGACUUGUAAAUGGUGGGACCAAGCAUGAAGGACGUAUAGAGAUCUAUCAUAAUAACCGUUGGGGAACGGUUUGUGACGACCUGUGGGACGAGACAGAUGCCAGGGUGGUUUGUAGACAGCUUGGAUAUCGUGGAGGCAGUUACACACGGGAAGCACAAUUCGGUGCUGGAUCCGAACCAACAUGGAUGGACGAUGUGGAAUGUUCUGGAGACGAAUAUAGACUGGAGGAUUGCACCUUUCCGGGAUGGGGAACAGAAAAUUGUGGUCAUGGUGAAGAUGCUGGUGUUGUUUGUCUUCCUCCAGCAGAUGGAUCUUUACGACUAGUAAAUGGUGCGACACAGUAUGAGGGUCGUAUUGAAAUCUACCAUGACGACCGUUGGGGAACGGUAUGUGACGACAACUGGGGCGACUCAGAUGCAAGGGUUGUUUGCAGACAGCUUGGAUACAGUGGAGGCAGCUACACAAAGGAAGCGUCCUUCGGCGCUGGAUCAGAACCAACAUGGAUGGACAACGUGGAAUGUUCUGGGGAUGAAUUUAGACUAGUGGAUUGUGGCUUUCAAGGAUGGCAGAUAGAAAAUUGUGGUCAUAGCGAGGAUGCUGGUGUAGUUUGUUUACCCCCGACCUCGACCUCUCCACGUUCUUCGCCUACUACUACACCGUUCACCACCACGACUUCAUUCAUUACUCUCCUCUCUCCCAUUACACCGUUGACGACCACUUCACCGUCCUCUACGACUACAGCGUCGACGACCACUUCUCCGUCGACUACGACUACAGCGUCGACGACCACUUCCCCGUCGACUACGACUACAGCGUCGACGACCACUUCACCGUCGACUACGACUACAGCGUCGACGACCACUUCACCGUCCUCUACGACUACAGCGUCGACGACCACUUCACCGUCGACUACGACUACAACGUCGACGACCACUUCACCGUCCUCUACGACUACAGCGUCGACGACCACUUCACCGUCGACUACGACUACAACGUCGACGACCACUUCCCCGUCCUCUACGACUACAGCGUCGACGACCACUUCACCGUCGACUACGACUACAGCGUCGACGACCACUUCCCCGUCGACCACGACUACAGCGUCGACGACCACUUCACCGUCAACUACGACUACAGCGUCGACGACCACUUCACCGUCGACUACGACUACAGCGUCGACGACCACUUCCCCGUCGACUACGACUACACCGUCGACGACCACUUCAUCGUCGACUACGACUACACUGUCAACUACCAAUACUCCAUUCAUAGCAACGGCACCACUAAAACAAGGAUCUAUACGACUAGUAAAUGGUGCGACCCAGUAUGAGGGUCGUAUAGAAAUCUACCAUGACGACCGCUGGGGGACGGUAUGUGACGACAACUGGAGCGACUCAGAUGCCAUGGUUGUUUGUAGAGAACUCGGAUACCGUGGAGGAAAUGGAACACGAGAAGCCCAUUUCGGUGCUGGAUCGGAACCAACAUGGAUGGACGACGUCGAAUGUUUUGGAGACGAAUUUAGACUAAUGGAUUGUGACUUUCCAGGAUGGGGGGAAGAAAAUUGUGGUCAUAGCGAAGAUGCUGGUGUAGUUUGUAGUCCACCAGCAGAUGGAUCUAUACGACUAGUAAAUGGUGCGACCCAGUAUGAGGGUCGUAUAGAAAUCUACCAUGACGACCGUUGGGGAACGGUAUGCGACAAUUCGUGGGACGACUCAGAUGCCAAUGUUGUUUGCAGACAGCUUGGAUACCGUGGAGGUACCUACAAACACUCGGCACAAUUCGGUGCUGGAUCAGAACCAACAUGGAUGGACAAUGUGGAAUGUUCUGGAGACGAACCUAGACUCAUGGAUUGCGACUUUCCAGGAUGGCAGAUAGAAAAUUGUGGGCAUAUCGAGGAUGCUGGUGUGGUUUGUAAACCACCAAUCUCGACUACUAUUUCUUCGCCUACUACUCAUCAAUCACCUUCAGCAGAAUGUCCACGCGGAUUGUAUGGCCCAAGAUGUCAAGAGAGAUGCCCAAACCACUGUGUCAAUAACACGUGUGAGAUAAGUGGGCAUUGUUUUGAAUGCUCCAAAGGUUUCUAUGGCCCUAGAUGUCAAAUAAAGUGUCCAUACGACUGUGGAAAAAAUGCUUGUGAGAAGACAAGCGGGAGCUGUUUUGAGUCUGUAACAACACCAACCAUUCCCUCUACAACAUACACAGUGAUCAUUCCAGUCGUGUCAGCUGUAGUUGGAUUACUAGCAGUUAUCUUGGCAGUUUCUAUAGUCUACAAUAUCAAGUUGAGAAGAAAACGUACAGCAAGACCAGGAAAUGAGAAUGAUCAAGAGAAUACUUACGCUGACCUGAAUACAAUGGAGUUACAAGCAUCCAACAUCUAUGAAGAACUGCCAGAAACUGCAACUAUGCAAGCAGAAAUGCCAUGUUAUAGUCUACAAAAAAAGGAUGCGACUUGUUAGCGUUCUCAACGUAUAAUCAAGUCCAUACAUCGAGGUUUCCAAUUCAUAAUUUGAUAUUUUGUAAAGGUUUUCUAAAUUCAUAUUCCAUCUGUGUUAUAAUGAUUCGAUUAGAAGAGAUUUUUCAUAGUGAAGCAAUAAGCAUACAAUAUUGCCACUGAAAUUUGAUGCCAUGUAACAAUAUAACCACUGAAAUAUAAUGCCAUGUAACAAUAUAACCACUGAAAUUUGAUGACAUGUAAAAUAUUACCAAUGAAAUUUGAUGACAUGUAACAACAUUGCCUUGAAUUUAAUGAAAAUAUAACUAUAUUUUUAUUACAUGGUAUAUUAAUGUAGUUUAAUUGUAGUCAAUUACAUUUGGGGUAAAGAAUAUGAAAGCUGACUGAUCUGGUCCUGUGUAUUAACUGUGUUGUAUUAUGUUGAUUGAUCUAUAUUGGGGAAUGUUUAUUGCUAGAUGACGUGUAUUAAACAAGUAUGUAAAACGAAAUGUUACGGAGAAACGCAUGGUAGGUUAAGGGCAGCGAUUUCCCUCUGCGUAAGUUCAAAGGGUAAAAAUCGUAGGAGACCCCCACGUAACAUUUGGCUUGAAAUUGUAUUAAUGGGGAAAAGGUGUUUUGAUAUUGUUGUCAUGGUUUUAAAUGAAUGUAAAAUAAAAGUAUUGUUAGAACAAUAUACAUGUGUCCAUGAUGAGAUAGGUUGCCCCUUCCUUAUACAAUAUAUAUUAGUGAUCGAAUUCUGUAUAAACUUGAACACAGCAAGGGCCCGUCUUCUGACAAUAUAUCCUCCAUUAUUGAAAAACAAAUCUCCCAAUAAUAUCUAAGGUGGCGGUUUGUCUCUUUUGAGAAAUUAAGAUAUGGACACUUUAAAAAGCCACUUAAUAAUUGCUCGGGAUGGCAUGCGACGGGACUCCCUUAUCCUGUUCAUUGCGAGUUGCCACUAGCCACUACAAGGAUAUCCCGCCUCAACAUAGCCCUAGCUGUUCAUAUGGCGAUAAACUAAACAGACUAUAUUCAAGUGAUCAUUUCAGAUUAUUCAACUUCAUAAUGUAACAACAAAAUAUUCAAUGAGUGAAAAUAUACUGAACUUGACAUGAACUUGAACUAUUGGACCUCGUGACCUUGACCUUUGGUAAAUUGUCUCUUUGUUUAAUUAGGAAUAUAUUUGCUUCAUCAUGUCAUAACAAAAUGUUCAUUAGUGGAAAGAUAAAAAAAAAAAACUUUACCUCGACCAUUGUUCCAAUGACCUUGACUUGUCAGUUGACCAUGUCAGUUAAUACUGUCCAAUAUUGCUCCAUAGUGGGUGUCAUCACAAAGAGUCUAAUAGUGAAAAGAUACUAAUUCGACCCUGACCUUAACAUUGUGACCUUGACCUUGGAACUUGACUUUCGCCCCUGGACAGUUUACUCCAUGUUAAUUCUGACCAAUAUCGCUUCAAAGAAUCAUACCAAAAUGUUCAUCAGUGAAAAGAUACAAAAAUUGACCUUGACCUUUGGUCAGUGGACUCCUUAUUAAAAGCUUAAUGCUUGCAUAGUCUUAAAAAUGUUCAUUAGUAAAACGCCACAAAAUUUGAUUUUGACUUUUGGUCAAGUGAUCAUGUUAACACCUUGUAUAAUACUGAACAACUUUGCUUCAUCAUGUCAUAACAAAAUGUUCACCACUGAAAAGUUAAAGUUUGACCUUGUCAUUUGAACCUGGUAACUUAGAUAUAUGACAUUUGACCUUUGACAUUGACUUUUAACCAAAGUGUACAUUUUUUUUAAACUGAAUUUGAUCUUGGCCGAGUUUCAUGUAAAUAGGUAACCAAAUACCAAAGUUAUAGCCAGGAAUAAAAGUGGACAGGCAGACAGAGUGAAUACUACAAGGCAACGUAUAGCCUAUACGGGGACUUUAUUACAAAACUCUGUUUCAAAGUGUGACACUAUUAUUUCAUACUACAAUAAUGGUAGUUAUUGAAUGGCAUGUUCAAGAAAAAACUUUUACAAAAACAUUCUUGUAGAUGUGAGCCGUCCGUCAUCAACUUUUUCCUUCAAACAAAUUCUUCUCAGGGACUUAAUAUUGGGUUUGCAGCAUGGUGGGGGUGAAGGGCUACAAAUAUUAGUCAAAUGAAUGACCUUGUCUGACUUUUUUCAAUGUCAUAAGUUCCAAAUGUAUUUAAAUCUUGAAGAUGACUCAUGGCAAAGAGACACAGAGAUCUGAUUCUGGGCCUCUAGUAUGCUGAAAUGAAAGGCAACUAAAUUAAUUUAAAUAAAUAAACCUAGCAUACUCUUACAUUUGAAACAAGGUGUUAUCAUCAUAUCAACUGCAUAAACGACUUAGAUUAACUACAAUGUUGCACAAGUGCCCACCGAGCUUCUUGUUCUUUUGUGCUGUGAUUGGUGUGGAUGUUUGUUCGAACUAAUAAUCAUAAGUAUGAAUGGUUGAUGUUAUUAGUAUAAGAAUGUAUCAUAUUGUUCGAGUUUAUUUACUUUAUGGCAAGUCAAGCUAUGUAUCUUAUAAAGCUGUAAGAUAUGUUAUAAACAUAUGACACGGUUUUAGAGAAAGAAGAAAUGCUAUCUCUUAUAUAAUUUGUUAAUUAAUUUGAACAACACUGCUCCAUCAAUAAAUGACUUCUUGAUAUUA